GCUGUCUGAGUGAUGGAUUUCAGCUAGCGAUGGGAGCUUACAUCAGCUGGCAGCAGCGGAGGCUUUGACAGGAAGGAUUUGGGUGCUCUGGAGUCCAGUUGGCAGAUAUGGUGAGGCACAGCAUGAUGUCAGAGCUGCAAACCAUCCAGCAUCCUCUCCAGGGUGUCCCUCUGGCUGAGGGCCAAGUAGGACAAAACUUUGCGAGAAUUCAGAACAAUGGGAAUAUCAUAGAAGAACCGCACGCUCCCUCGCAAGGUCCAACAGAGAUUGAGAAAAGUCAGCCUGUGAACCUCCCAGAUUUUGCCAAAAGGAGAAAGAAGAAAAGGACUAGAGCGACAGACAGCUUCACAGGCACCUUUAAUGAUCUUUACAAACUUACGGAUGAGGUACUUGGUCAGGGGGCAUACGCUAAAGUUCAAGGUUGUGUGAGUCUGCAAAAUGGGCAGGAGUUUGCUGUGAAACUCAUAGAAAAGGCUGCAGGCCACAGCCGCAACAGAGUAUUUAGAGAGGUUGAGACUCUGUAUCAGUGUCAAGGAAACAAAAACAUAUUGGAGCUGAUCCAGUUCUUUGAAGAUAGCUCGUACUUUUAUCUGGUGUUUGAAAAGCUGCGUGGAGGCUCCAUUCUUACACACAUCCAGAACCGAAAGCACUUUAAUGAACUGGAGGCCAGUAAGGUAGUCAGGGACAUUGCCCAAGCUUUGGACUUUCUUCACACAAAGGGCAUUGCCCAUAGAGACCUGAAGCUGGAAAACAUCCUCUGUGAAUACACUGACCGAGUGUCGCCGGUAAAAAUCUGCGACUUUGAUCUGGGAAGUGGAGUAAAGCUCAGCAGUGCCUGUACCCCCAUAACCACUCCAGAGCUUACCACACCGUGUGGCUCAGCAGAGUACAUGGCUCCAGAAGUAGUAGAGGCAUUCACCGAUGAGACCUCCUUCUAUGACAAGCGCUGUGACCUUUGGAGCCUUGGGGUCAUCCUGUACAUCCUGCUGAGUGGAAGCCCCCCCUUCACAGGUCACUGUGGCACUGACUGCGGGUGGGACCGAGGAGAAGCAUGCAGAGCGUGCCAGAGUUUCCUGUUUGAGAGCAUCCAGGAGGGCAAGUAUGAGUUUCCAGACAAGGACUGGGCACACAUCACAAAAGAAGCCAAGGAUCUCAUAUCCAAGCUGCUGGUCCGGGACUCCACCCUGCGCCUCAGUGCUGCUCAGGUCCUACAGCAUCCUUGGGUACAGGGGAAUGCACCAGAGAGAGGUCUUCCAACUCCUCGUGUUCUUCAGAGGAACAGCAGCACCAAAGACCUGACCCAGUUUGCAGCUGAAGCCAUCGCCUUUAACCGGCAGCUCUCCCAGCAUGACGAGCAGCAGGAGGACUCUGGGGCCAUCGUCUGCUCCAUGAGGCUGUCUCCUCCUUCCAACUCCAGACUGGCCCGCAGACGGGCGGAGUCCAAUGCUAUGCGCAGCGGGGACUUCUCUCCUGUAUCUGAUGACCUAGCAGCCUGAAAGACCAGCACGACCUCCCUCCCUGUUAUCUUUUCUGACUGAUUUCAGAUUCUACCAGCUCCUUUUCUCUGUUUUUUUUGUUUUUUUUUUGGCACAGGGAGUCUUACAGGACUCCCCACCUGGUAUUAGAGGCCACUGAACUCUUUCUGGUGUUGAAGCUGUUCUCCGUGGCCCGUGGUCUUAUGAUGAACACCAGAGGAAUGGCUUUCUAACUCUACACCUUUUUAGGCACCUAGGUUUUAACCAGCCUCAUGUGAGAUCAGAUUUAGCUUUUAAAAAGUAUUUCUUAACCUUCACAGAUUUAUUUAGGGAUAAUUAUCAACCAAAACAAACGUUUAAAAUUGUCAGCAGGAAAUAUUCUAGUAUUUAUCAUUAAUGAAACAGCAUUUCAGAGCUGCAAUUUUUUUACUGUUCUAAAGCCAAUUCAUUUUGUUUUUGCAGAUUUUAUUUCACCUGUUUUUCAACUGUGAGUUAGUGAGUAUUUCAUUUUAAAAGCUGCUGGAAAGGGAUGAAUUAUUUGCAUUUUAAAGCCCGCAUGUGGAUGUGAUUGGAUGUUCAUGGGACUUUGUAUUUAUCUUUGAAGGAUAGAAAUGGAUGAUUCUUUGAAGAAACUUGACCUUUUAUUCAUAUUACCUGAUAAAGUUAUUAUAUGUUAUUGCAAAAAUGGGAAAGUUAGGAUCUUUUAACUGCAACACAAGCUACCUGUAGCACUGACGUACUUUAAAAUAAACUCAGAGAUACGUUAUAAUUAUUAAGUUGAAAUUUAAAGUCAGAUUAAUUAGAUAUAUAUUUACAGCUUUUUUUUCAUUCUUCAUAGUCAAAUUUAAUUACAUUUUAGUAAUAUUUGUUGGUGUUAAUGCUGUCUGAAUUUUUUUAAACUGUUACCUUUUGAAACGUUUAUUGUUUUAACUCAAGAUACAAAGUCAAAACUAUGGAUAUAGCCUAACUCUUUGUUUUCAAUACAUCUUAAUUAGACCUUAUUUCAUAAACAACCUUUAAACUUAUAUUGUGACUUUAGAUCUCACAUUAAAAAACUCUAGUUUUAAAAUUAGUUAUGAUUGGUUUUCUUAAAUAUAUGCUCUGUGACAUCUUUCUUUAAAGUUGUAGGAAUGGGCUUCUAUGGCAUAAGGAGAGCAUCUUAACGUAGGCAAAGCAUUUAUUUGACUCUUCAACAUGAAUUUGGGAUCUAUUGUAUUUUUAUUUUUUAUUGGAUGACAAAAAAAAACCCCAGUUAGCUUUUUUUUUUGCUCCUAUAUCAAAACACCACAACAAAAAAUAAUCUGAGAUUAGUUUUUUUUUCUUUCUUUUUUUAGCUGUAUAGUGUUUAUGGAGUGUUUUAGUCUUGAUGAUUUGAGCUGUGGUUCUUGUUUUUAAAGUUGUAGUUAUGACACUCAAAGGGAUUUAUUUUCAUGUUAUGUUUGAUAGUCAGAAAUUAGUUUAUAAAGUAAUUGAAGGGAUUUAUUUUUAUUGGUGGUUUUGUGAACAUAACAAAAGGAAUAGAGCGAGCUAAGGUUUGUCUGUUGAAUCCAUUAUUUUUACUUUAUUUUGUUUUCAGUUCGUGGGCCUCUGGAUUGCUGUGUCCAGCUGAACUUGUUGAACCCCUUAAUGCACCCAAAAAAAAGUUGUGUUUUUGCUGUCAAUCAAAUUUGAAAUUAAUCAGAGAUUAUUCAUUUGAAUAUUGCACCUGUAAUUAGUGUUAAUUUAGGUGUGCCAAUUUGUGACACUACACACUUAAGGAAUAAAACAAUUUUUUUCAAUCUCAA